AUGCAUUUACAGAAGAAUCUAGGAGCUGACGAGCACAUUCUUUCUUAUGGAAGCUCAGUCCUGGAAGAUUCCUUGAGCCUUUCAAGCCUCGAUAUUACUGAUGGAGCGUCGCUCGCGAUAAAUGCUAGACUUCUUGGAGGUAAGGUCCACGGAUCUUUGGCACGUGCCGGAAAAGUCCGUGCCCAAACCCCUAAGGUCGAGAAGCAGGAGAAAAAGAAGAAGAAGAAGGGACGUGCGGCGAGACGAAUCCAAUACACGAGAAGGUUCGUCAAUGUUGCUACUGGACCAGGAAAGAAGCGUGGACCUAACUCCAACUCUGCUUAA